AUGCCGCGGCGCAUCCAACGUGUAUGGUUGGUACUUGCGAUUUUUCUGCCAUGCCUGCACCGAUUUGCAACAGGGGGCUUCGCCUUCACUUCGUCAACAGUUCCCUGGCGUGCGGACCGGGCGAGGCUGACGUUGCCGCUGCGUGCUGGCAAGGACGAUAUUGUUGUUCGGCUACCAGACGAGGGCAUACCAGAAGGAGUGAGAAAGCUGCGUCCUGGCCCGGAAGGGCCGCCUAGUGGCCCUGCGGAGGUGGACAAGGUGAAUGUUGGAUGCUUACCUACGUCCUCCGAGCUUUCCGACCGGCUCCUUUCGGAGUACAUGCUCGGUAGCAACCAGAUCUUGCCUCUCAGGGGCAUUCUGGGAGGCAGCGCCUAUUCAAAGACACUGCGGAAGCAGGUCAGGCAGAACGGCAAAAGCAACGGCAGUGUCCUCAUCUUUGGCGAGCAGGGAACGAAGAAAGACAUGCUGGCCUUCCUGAUCCACUAUUCUCGGGCCAAGGGCAGCCUCUACUUCGUUGACUGCGGCGGGGUGUCUGUGAAAGGCGCUCGAAUCUUUGGACGGGCCCGUUCUUCUGGACUCUUAGAUCUGGCCUCUGAAGGGACGGUGGUGUUCAACGACGUUGACAAGCUGAACAAAGCCUUGCUGCCACGAGUUCUGCAGCUGGCAGUCAACGGGACAUAUUGGUCAAAAGCACAGCAGAAGGAAAAGCAGAGCAAGCUGAAAGUGAUCCUCACCGCAGAGCAGUGGAGUUCAGUCUUGCAGCUCCUUCCAAAGAACAAGGUCGUUCAGAUAAAAGUUCCGGCCCUGCGGGUCAGAAGAAGUGACAUUUCGAGCAUGGUCCAAUAUGAGCUUAGGCGCUUGACUCGUGGUACAGGGCGGCCUAUUCCGGAGAUUCAGCCCGAGGCACUGAAAAGGUUGCAGGCUUAUGACUUUCCCAACAACGUCGAGGAGCUCUUUUUCUUGAUUGACAAUGCAUAUCGCAACAUGGAGCCUGGUGGCAGCAUCACCGCGGACCUUUUGUGGACCGCCCAGAGUGUGCAGAAGUUGGACUUGUUCAAGGUGAACCUGUUGGAAGUUUAUCCCGGUCUCCGCCGUUUCCUUCAGUCAGACUGGCUGGAGCGCCUGAACCACGGAUUCACCAAGUACGCUUUUCCGGUCUUUGUGAUCCUUCUCUUCAUAGGUCCUCAAACGUUUUCGCAGAACUUUGGCCUGAAUCUCUUUUGGGCCUGGUGGUGGCCGGGCAUCUUGCUAACCUAUCCCAUCCUGGGGCGCUUCUGGUGCGCAGUCUGCCCUUUCAUGAUCUAUGGGGAGGUGGUGCAACGAUGGCGGGUGGGCCAGGGCGCCGUUCUCCAGAAAUGGCCGACGAAGCAGCUGGAAGCGUAUGGUCCAUGGUUCCUCUACCUCCUCUUCCUUGCAAUCCUGCUCUGGGAGGAGCUUUGGGUGCUGGAGAACACAGCGUACUUGUCCUCCUGGCUUCUCUUGCUCAUCACCUUUGGCGCCAUAGUCGGCUCCUGGUUCUAUGAGCGGCGUGUCUGGUGCCGCUAUCUUUGCCCCAUCGGUGGCAUGAACGGCCUUUAUGCAUUGUUGGCGCUGACGGAACUUCGAUCUCAACAGGGCGAGUGCAAGGCUUCUUGCGAUACCUUCCACUGCUAUAAAGGAGGCCCAGCAGAAGGGGAGGGGCAGGAAACCAACGGCUGUCCGCUCUAUUCGCACCCUGCCAGUCUGAAGGACAACAAGAAUUGCGUCCUUUGCUUCACUUGCUUACGGGCGUGCCCUCAUCGCACAGUGCAGGUGAAUUUGCGUGCUCCCGGCAUAGACUUCGGCUUCCCGUUCUUGUUCCCCAUCCCGGGAACGAGCUCGGCAAGACAGCAUGAGUCCAGCGCACCAGAGCUGGCUCUGCUGUUCCUGCUCCUGGGCGCCGUGUUCUGUCACCACCUCCAGGAUCUCGUCGUCCAAGCCGGCGCGCCCGACACUCUUCUGGACGACUUCGCAGUACACUCUGCCCUGGCAGCGGCAGCACUGCUAGGACCGGGAAUAUUCGUGUGGAUGAUGGACCGUUUGGCCAGAGGUUUGAGCGCUCUCUUCUAUCCGGAGCAGAAGGUCUUGAAUGAUUUCUUGGACUUGGGCUAUGCCUACCUGCCUCUCACGUGGCUCGCAUCUUUGGCUCACUACCUGAAACUUGGCCUGGUGGAUGCGGGGCAGGUUCUCCCCACCGCUGCACGGACCGCGAGCUUCUUUGUGGCGGGCCUGGCCGAGUGGGCCCCUUGGGCACCAGGCACAUCCUUUGCGCAGGAGCAGCUGAAGUUCUUGGAGGAGGCGCUGCCGCACGGCUCAGCUCCUCCGGAUGUCGUUGCUUUCCUUCAAGGCGUCGUCUUGCUGCUGGCCGCGACCUUUGCUCUUCUGAAGCUGGGGAAGCUUGGUGGCAGAGCUCCUUUCGCUUGGAUCCAUCAAGCUGUAAUCCUUCUGCUGACCUACGAGCUUUGGCAGCUGAUCCUUUGA